GUUUUCCGGAAGUAAGAUUGAAGGAGAACAAAAACUGCCCAACCUACCGAGGACCAACCUGGGUGGCUCAGCUCUUCCAACUGAAGGACGCCAGCAAGAUUUGCCGAAACCAUCUUCCCGGAGGGGUUUUGCAAAUUUCCCCCCCUGCCCUGAAACUCCCCAGAUGCUGCUUGGUUACUAGAGAGCGCCUACUCAAAAAUUAAUCUUUAAUUCAAACGGGGAAACGGGCUUAAUGGCCUGCCGGGACUGUGAGGCGACCUUAAAUGUGAGGAGGCCUCACUUCUACGAGCUUUAUUCCUCUACAUCGAGCUCCGAGAGACUGAAAAUUCCGGAUGGAUUCAGCCAUUACAUGGAAGGCAGGACGUCUGGUUUAGUCUCACUGACAGGUCCUAGCGGAAAUACUUGGCAUGUUCAAUUGGUUAAGGAGGGGAAUGAUCUUUUCCUCCAUCAUGGAUGGCCGACAUUUUUGGAAGAUCACACUAUAGAAGUUGGUGACCUUUUGGUUUUCAGAUUUGAGGGUCAUUUAAGCUUCACUGUGCUAGUUUUUGACCAAAGAGCAUGUGAGAAAGAAGCAGCAUUUAUAUCUGAAUGCAGUCAAUAUGCAUGUGACCUCAACCAUUUUAAUGCACAUAAAAGAAGUAGGGAGGAGAACUGCUCUUUGAAUUUUGUUGCUGAAGGUUUGCUGAAGAAAUUGAAAGGGAGUACCUUUGAGAACCAGCAACUCAAGACGGAUAUAGGUAAUAAAGAUUUAUCCUUGCUUGAGUGGGUAAAACCGAUUAAUAUGUUCAGAGAAAAAGGAGAAUCCUCCAAAGAAGAUGCACAACUUAGAUGCCCAACUAGUGAUGUUGCUGUGCCUUCUCAAAUGGAAUAUAACAACGAAUGUGAAGAGGCUGCUAUGCAGAUUGGAAGUGGGAAAGAAGAUGAUCAAUAUAUGCAUAGUAGAGUCUGUCUGUCAAAAUUGUCAUCAUACGAUGAGAAAAGAGUAGCUCAAUUGUUUACUUCCUCUUACCCGUAUUUUGUGAGAAUCAUGAAAAGCUUCAAUAUCAGUGGUUCAUAUACUCUGAAUAUUCCGUAUCAAUUUUCAAUGGCACAUCUUCCAAACUGCAAGAUAAAGAUCAUCCUUCAUAAUAUAAAAGGGGAGCGUUGGACUGUUAAUUCUGUGCCAACAACAAGAGUACACACGAGUCACACUCUCUGUGGUGGAUGGAUGGCUUUUGUUCGUGACAAUAACAUUAAGGUUGGAGAUAUCUGCAUUUUUGAACUUGUGCAUGAGUGUGAAUUACGUGUCCGCAUUGUUGGAAUAGGAAGGGAUGGUAUAGACUGUCACGUUGGGAAAGUAGCUUUUAGUAGGCCUCUUACAGGGCAUUCCAUCAAUUCCCAUAGAACUUCUCAGUAUAUGCCAAUCAAGGCCAAAGUCAAUCCAAAAUGCAAUGGAAAUGUUGAUCUAUUUGAUAAAAAGCGGUCAAGGAUGGGUCAAGAUGCUGUUUUGUCUGUGGAUGCAAAGAAACCUGGCAGAGUGUCGAAGACUUCUAGGAAGACAGGGAUUUGCCCAGUGUCAAAAGCUGCUCAUAUUGUUCAGAGAAGGCAUCGAACUGACGAUGAGCUAAGCUCACAGGCUAAAGCUGGUUUGCGAAUGCUGUUUGCACUUGAUGAACAAAGAGUAGCUCAAGCCUUCACUUCCUCAUUUCCUAGUUUUGUAAAAGUCAUGAAAAAAUUCAAUGUCAGCGGAUCAUACACUUUGAAAAUCCCUUAUCAAUUCUCUGCAGCGUAUCUCCCAUCCUACAAAACAGAAGUUGUGCUUCGUAAUUUAAGAGGUGACUGUUGGACUGUCAACUCUGUGCCAGACACAAAAGGCAGAGCAGUGCACACCUUUUGCGGGGGGUGGAUGGCCUUUGUCCGUGAUAAUGACAUCAAUUUUGGAGACACGUGCAUUUUUGAACUUGUUGCUCAGUAUGAAAUGCAAGUUUAUAUUUCUGGGAUUGGCAAGGAAGGGCUUGACCAUCAGAAUAGGGAACCAAAAUCUAAUAGAUUAGCUAUAGUUCCAUCUACCAGCGAGCACCCUUGCGUGUGAGACGGAUGAAUCAAUCUUCAGUGGACAUGUUUUUUAUGCUUUUAA